UACUGGCUGCAGUGCUGGUGUUUAGGGAAGUAGGUAGACAGUUUGGUUUUACUCUCAACCUUCAUGCAGGGCGUGUUGAUCCUCAACCAGGGGGUUGCCUUGUGUUCUCCUGAGUCAGACAGUUUAAAGCCGAUCAAAGCAGCAGGUCGAUCACAGAGGACCGAGACAGAGAAGGAGACACAAAAAUGAGUCAGAGAAACACUGUGGUCAACGUGGAGACAUGGAUCUCUCAAAACAGGAACGCCUUCCUGCCUCCAGUCUGCAACAAACUCAUGCAUUUCUCUCAGCUGAACAUCAUGUUUGUCGGGGGUCCAAACACCAGGAAGGAUUAUCACAUCGAGGAGGGAGAGGAACUGUUCUACCAGCUGCAGGGUGACAUGUGUCUGAAGGUGAUCGAAGACGGCAAACACAAAGACGUGCACAUCAAGGAGGGAGAGAUGUUCCUGCUUCCAGCUCGCAUCCCUCACUCUCCUCAGAGAGAGGCCAACACCGUAGGUCUGGUGGUGGAGAGGAGACGACUGCUGACAGAGACAGACUGCCUCAGGUACUAUGUGGAGAACAGCACUGAUAUUCUGUUUGAGAGGUGGUUCUACUGUGAGGACCUGGGAACUCAGCUGGUACCUGUCAUCAAAGAGUUUAUGGAGUCAGAGCAGUUCAGGACAGGGAAGCCUGAUCCAAAUGAGGUGUUCAGGGACCCUCCGUUCCAGAUGAAUUCCAUGAAGGUCAUGUCUCCAUUCUGCUUCAAACUCUGGUUGGACAAACAGAGACCAGCUCUGACCAGUAGGGGACAGAUUGACAUGUUUGGAGAGCAGUUUGAAACACAGGUGAAGCUAUUUGGACCUGGUCACACAGUGUCAACCGUGCAGCAGAGUGAUGUCUGGAUCUGGCAGAUGGAGGGAAGCUCUGUAGUGAGCAUGAACCAGCACCAGUUCAGACUCUCUGCAGGAGACAGUUUACUCGUCCCUGAGCACCAACAGUACGAGUGGAUGAGGGAGGAGGGGACUGUAGCUCUGUUUGUGGUCCAGAACCCAGAGAGGAAGAGACCCUGAAGACCCUCAACAUCACAUCUGUAAUAUACACAGUAUUAUGAUUGGAGAGUAGAUUUAAUAUAAAUGAGCACUAAAUCAAGAUAUAAGAGUUAUUAGAUUUUAAAUAUCAGCCAACAGUUAUUUAACACAAAGCUGACUGUUUGUUGAUGCCAAGAGCACACUGAUAAAGUCAGAGCAAAGCAGGAGUCACACACCUGGCAGACCAGAUGUACACUCACUGGUCACUUUAUUAGGUAUACCUGUUAACUUCUUAUUAUCACAACCCUCAUUAGCCAAUUAUGUGACAGCAACCAAUUCAUUUAGACAAAUAAACAUGGUCAAAAUGACCCGCUGAAGUUCAAACCAUCAGAAUGGGGAGGAAAAGUGAUUUAAGUGUCUUUAAACGUGCCAUAGCUGGUGGUGGUCUGGUGGGCUGUCUGCUGAUCUACUUGGAUUUUCACACACAAGCAUCUCUAGGAUCUUCAGUUGUGGUUCUCAGCAUGUCAGGCCACACCAUGAACUCCUUAACAACAAAUCCUGAUUCCAAAAUUCUUAUUUUUUCAAUCAUAACAAUGAAAAAUUGGGAACUAUGGACAUUAGUUGGCACAAAAGAUCUGCCAAAACAAAGAGAUGGAGACAUGGCCUUCAAAAUAAAAGCAUGUGUUAGACAGAUUUUUUUUACUAGGCACAUGUCCACGACCCACUGAAAAUGGCGUUUGGGUCCCAACCCACUUUUGUGUCCUAACCCAACCAUUGAGACCCAAGUGUCUACAGGGAAUGGUCUGAAAGAAAAAAUGGAGCUCUAAGAAAGGCAACAAUAAUUCAACAACUGCUUGUUUUAACCACACUGGUUGUCAUCAGUCAUCUAAGCUCAAGCAAAUGAAGCUGAAGUUCACACAGGCUCACUAGAAUUGGACAAAAGAAGACUGUAAAAUCUUUCUGUAAGAUCUCAUCUUCCAAUUAGUUUCGAUUUCUGUUGCAGCAUUUGAAUAGCAGGGUCAGAAUUUGGCAUUAAAAAAUGAAAGCCUGUUUAACCACCAACAGCCAUGGCACAUUUAAGUCAUAUAAAUCACAUUUCUUCCCAUUCUUAUACUUGGUUUGAACUUCAGUACACAGCCUUUACCAAAUCAUUAUGCUUAAAUUUAUUGGUUCCUGCUAUUUCACCGAACAGGUGUACCUAAUAAAGUGGUCACUGAGUGUAGUAUAUUCCUCUAUAUACUCGAACUCCAACAAAUAUCUUUAGAGAUAUUGGAUGAGAGUUGGUAAUUUUUUUUAUUUUUCUGAUUCUGGUGCUUACUUCAUAGCUUUUAUAUGGUUCCCAUGCCUGAAUGGUGCCUGAAUCAAUGCUUUUGAGAGAAAAGAAGUGUGUUGAAAGCUGAGAUUAAAGCUGUCUGGUUAGCCUAAAUAGUGGAAACCUGUGCAACAGAGGCAAACAAUAAAGUAAAUGUGUUGGUCAGUUUCCUCGGUAUGAAAAUGGAAGCAGAUAAGAGACAUUACUCCAAACAAUAAAACAAUUAAAAGACAUUUAUGUUGGCUGAAAUAAAGUGAGUUUACAUAAAUCACACAAAGUUCACAACUUGGAGUGGCAGGGGGUUGCAUUGGGGUGGUGGGGUAUCCAAAGGAAGCAACGACACCUGUGCUGUAAUUCAGUUUUGGAUGUGUUGCUGCCAGUACCGUAUCUGUACUGGAUUUUGACACUAAUCCCUACAUUAUACUGAUCUACACUUUAUUUUAAGUUUAUUUUACUGUGCAUGUUACAGCUAUUUUCAGCUUCCUGUCCUAAGAAAACCCUUAGUCUUUCUAAUAAACUGAAAAAUUAAUACAAAACUUAAAAUUAUCUUCAUCUCAAUAAGUGAUAUAAAUGCCCCAAUAUUAAUACUGAACUGAAAACAUUUAAUGUUUAUGGACUUUUAAAAGAUAAACUUUUAUAACAGGGCAUCCAUAAAACAGAUAUUUGAUAAUUAAACCGACCAUGAUGCUUUGCUGCAGAUUAAACUAGUCCUAACUGUAUCAGAAGUUAAAAUGUGCUCACUGUGCUGGUGUGCUCAUUUCUACCUGUAGGUGAUGUUAUAAAUCAUUCCCUCAUUUCUGUGUUCAUAGUGGAAACAUGAUUAUGUUACUGUUAAUAGAAAACUGUAAAUUGCACUGUAUAGCUGUAAAUCAAAUGUAAAUUCAUGUAAAUUAAAACUUUAAUUUCAA